AUGCUCCACACGACGGUAUUCAACCUCGCUACACUCUUGUUAGUCUUUUUGGCCACGACCAAUUCAUGGACCCUAUCCUUUACCCCCAAUAACCGCAGAUUUGGAACCCCAAGCCAUCACUCUACGAUCGAGAAUCGUUUUGUUCUUUGCGCGACGGAAGACGGCAACGAGCCUGACGACAAGACUCAAAGCAGCAAAAAUGAAGAGGGCGGAGGAAAUGUUGUACAGGAAAGCGAGAUUCCGCCGCCGAUUUCGGAAGGGCCGCAAGAGGGAUACAUCCCUGGGAAAGACAACGCGAAGCAGGGUGGGUACACCAUGGCCAAACAAGCCGUCAAGGGGAGUGACAACAACCAGAGCCAGAAGAGCGAUUAA